UGUACGCUUUGUUUUGUUUUGAAAUUCAUUCAUUACUUUUCAAAAUUGUUAUCAAUCGGCCGAAAUUUAGCGAAAAAAUCAAACAUUUAACAAGAGGUGUUUUAUUCUUAUUGUGUUUAAAUUAUGUUCUUCAUCUAGCAAUGCAAAAGAAAAAUGUCGCCGACGGUUUUGCUUCUAAUCAAACACCUGCUGCUGCUGCUGGUGUGCCUAACCGGUGACAAACUUCUUCAGGUGAUCCAGAAACCGGCCCUUCUCAAAGCGUUCGCCGAUAACUUGACACACGCUCUUAUUGGCCUGAUAGCUACCGAAAUCAUCGUUCGAAACUUCCGGGAUCAGCUGGGCCGAACGGAAUUCUAUCUGCUGCUCGGGUUCGGCUUUUUCCUGUCCUCCUGGAUCGACCUGGACCACUUCAUCGAAGCGAGAUCGUUUCAUUUGCAUGAUGCUACCAACCUUCACAAGCGUGGUUUUAUGCACAAUUCUGUGAUAUUUGUGGUGCUGUUCGUUGCGUUGCUAAUUUUGGUGCAUGUUCAGGUAAAUUUUUCAACAUCUACUUGGACCGGGAUUGCCUUUGUGGCGUUUUUUACCCACCAAAUAAGGGAUUCUAUUCGACGGGGACUGUGGUUCCGAGGUCCUUAUUUAGACUACAGUACACCGCCCGUUAACUAUUGGUUAUAUUUGCUGUUGAUUCAGCUGUGCCCCCACGUUAUUAUCAGCUUGUUGGAACUGCAGUUCCACCGAGAAUCGAUGGCAGCUAGGAGUUUCGGUGGUGGAGAGUUUGUAGCCAAAUACAAACCACUCGAAGUUGUCUGAUUGUGUAUACCUACGAAAUUUAUAAGAAGAUUUAAAAACAUUCCUCGAAUUGAA